CUUCUGCGUCUUGCGCACCCAUCACCGUUGCAAUGGCCGCCUCUCCUGCUGCUCUGGCUCAGGCCAUCCCCGAGAAGAAACCAGAGGGAGUUGGCCUCUACGCUCGCUUCGCCUUUGCCGGUGCUGUCUGCUGUUCCGUUACCCACGGUGCCUUCACGCCAGUCGAUGUCGUCAAGACCAGAAUCCAGCUUGACCCCUCUACCUACAACCGUGGUAUGAUCGGUGGUUUCCGUCAGGUCAUCCAAAAUGAGGGUGCUGGCGCUCUUUUGACUGGUAUCGGCCCUACCUUUGCUGGUUACUUCCUUCAGGGUGCCUUCAAGUUCGGUGGAUAUGAGUUCUUCAAGAAACAGUCUAUCGACUACCUUGGUCUCGAGACUGCCCGCAGGAACCGUACUGCUGUCUACUCUGUCUCUGCUGCCAGCGCUGAGUUCUUUGCCUCCAUUGCCCUCUGCCCUCUUGAGGCUACUCGUAUCCGUCUCGUUUCCCAGCCUGGCUUUGCCAGCGGUCUGAUCAGUGGUUUCGGCAAGAUCCUCAAGAACGAGGGUGUUGGUGCCUUCUACAGUGGUUUCGGUCCCAUCCUCUUGAAGCAGAUCCCCUACACUGUGACCAAGUUCGUUGCUUUCGAGAAGGUUUCUGAGACUGCUUUCUCCUUCCUUGACAAGUCUAAGCUUUCCAACGCUGCUCAGACCGGUGUCAACUUGGGAUCUGGUCUCAUGGCUGGUUUCGCUGCUGCCAUUGUCUCCCAGCCCGCCGAUACUAUGCUCUCCAAGAUUAACAAGACCAAGGGUCUCCCUGGUGAGAGCAUCGUCUCCCGCCUCAUAAAGAUUGCUGGCGAGCUUGGUUUCCGCGGUGCUUUCGCUGGUCUCCCUACUCGUCUAUUCAUGGUUGGUGGUCUUACUGCUGGUCAAUUCGCCAUCUACGGUGACAUCAAGAAGGCUCUUGGUGCCACCAAUGGUGUCGAGAUUGCCAAAUAAGCAUCACACCGCGAACAUAGCAAAAUUUCGCAUGGUUUAGAUAGGUGGGAAGAAAAUGUUUUGGUAUAGAGAUGAAGGUGGCUAAACCUACGGCCAUUUUCAUUGUUCAAGUUGGAGACGGGCACCUUUUUUUUUUUUCAUUUCAAUUACCCCUUUUACCAAGAUGCGGUGCCCUCCACAUCCUCCGCAACUUUAGUGUAUAAUUGCAUCGGGCCGGCCAUAAACAACUGUACACUCUGGCGGGCGUUAUCAUCUUGUUUCAAUGACUGUAAUAGACUAUUUCCUUGUGCUUUAGAUUUCUAGGUUAUGCAGGCGGCUUCUGCAUGGCUUUUCCACAAUCCAGAGACAUUGAUGUUAUGUUUC